UUCGAUGAAAAUGGGAUUUUUGACUUGUAUUUUGACAACCUGUAUUCUCAAGACGUUAUCGGCGAUUGGUCAUAAUAUCUAAAUGAGGCUCCGCAUAAUCACGAUAGUGAGAAUGUAUUUGCAAUGAUGAAAGAAAAGUUGAAUGCCAAGCUGGAACAUGCUCAAAAGAAUUUUGUUGAUGUUAAAAAAACUGCUCAAAACUUGAUGAAGAUAAUGAGGUUUUAGCCGAUGAAAAUGAAUGGUUGAAGACGAGGUUGGUUACAAAACUGUUUCAACAAUUGCAUUAAAGGAAGAGAAAUUGUUGAAAAGAAAGUUAGUAGAAGAUUUUGAAAGCACAUUUUGUCCAAAGAGAAAGAAAUUUAAUGGAAACAAUCGAGGAUGAUAAACUGGCAAACGUGUGUUACCAACAACAGACAGAAAUUGAGAUUGAUCAAAUGAAAAAAGAAUUGGAUACUCAAAAAAGUGUAAUGAAGAAAUGGUACACACUGAUAAUUCUGCGCAGAGUACUGAAUUGGCAAGACAAGUGGAACAUGCUCAAAAGAAUCUUGUGGAUAAUAAUACCUGGUUGAAACAGUUAAUUUUUUUUUUGGAGAAACAGCGAAUUUUGAUUGAAACUAUCGAAGAUGUAAAGCAGACCCAAAAAAAUGCCCAAAAAAAUGCUCAAAGCUUGAAGAAGAAAAUGGCUGGUUGAAGACGAGGUUGGUUACAUACCUGUUACUAUUUGAAAAUGGCAUUCUAAUUUUUUACUUAUAUAAUUGCAAGUUUGGAAAACGAAAUUUAAAAAAAGAAAGAGAUUGGCAAUAAAACCUGGUUGAAACAGUUAAUUUUUUUUGGAGAAACAGCAAAUUUUGAUUGAAGAAGAAGAAAAGCAGACGACUAAAAGUUUGAGACAUCAUAUGAAGAAACAAAUAUCCAAGGUUCAGAAUGAGCUUGAAAAGUGUGAGGGAUUGUGAAUAAAAAAGCUUGAUGGAUGCGAACGAGGAUAUAAAAA